UCACAAUCGGAACAGUUUCUCAGCGAAUACUGAUUAUUACCGGCAGCGCUUGAGUAGCUCAUAUAUUUAUCUAGCAUCAUGAAAACUAUUCCGAUUAUUGUUUUGUGCAUUAUUGGUGGCGUUGCUCUUGUCCAAGCAUCAUCACCAUUGACGGCAUAUGCUCUUCCAAUAGCUUAUGCUAAAAUGGAAACUGGUGCUCCCAUUGGUCCUGACGGACGCGUUGUUGAUACUCCUGAAGUAUCGCUUGCUAAGGCUGAACAUGCUGCAGCUCAUCUUAAUGAGAAACUGAAAAAUAGUUCUCCAGCAAUUAUUGCAGCCUACGUUAGUCCAGCGAUAGUUUCCCCACUGUCAGUCAUCACUAAAGCCCAGUCUGGUGCACCGAUUGGCCUUGAUGGUAGGGUUGUUGACACCGCCGAGGUUGCCCUUGCAAAAGCCGAACAUGCUGCUGCUCACAUCAAUGCUAAAUACAAUGCAAACUACCUUUACCUGCCAUCGCCAUCAAUUAUUUUUGUUCUUGUGACAAUGGCCGUCGCUUGCCAAGCUCAGUAUCCGGGAUAUGGUGGUGAAUAUCAUCAUCAAGCAAAAUUCGAACCCCCAGCGCCAGUGGGACCUGAUGGAAAUGUCAUCGACACUCCAGAAGUUCAGCAUGCAAAAGCCGCACACUUUGCUGAAUUUAGCCGAGCCGCACAGCGUGCCGCUCAGCAAAAGGAUCAUUAUACUCCAUCAUCAUCAGGACCAUCUUAUCCCGUUCAUCAAGCGUAUUCUCAUCCUGCCCCUGCCCAUGGCCCCGUUUCACACUAUAGACCAGCACCACAGCAUUACUCACCACCAGCAGCAGCUAAUUAUCUUCAGCAACAGCAUGCACAUUAUGCCGCACCAAGCAAACAACCAUUUCAGCCUGCUCCACUUGCUGAGGAUGGAACUGUCAUCGACACUCCUGAGGUAGCCGCAUUGAAAGCCUCCCGACUCGCUGAACUUGCUGAGGCCGAGGCUAGGGCUUAUAAGAAUGCUGGCCCUCAAGAGGAGCACGGUAAAUAUCACUUUUUCAAUACGUACGGUGCUCCUCAGAACUACGCCUAUACGACACCCCAGGCGUAUUCCGGAUAUCAAUCGCAGCACCUUCUAGGAUCUUACGCCGCUUAUCUACUGGCUGGUCAUGCUGAGGCACUGAAAAACAUUGAAAAACCGUACGGCCAAGUUGCAAUUGUUUGGAAUAAGGAUGAUGCCGAUGCUAAUCACUUAGUUCUAUUGCCUAAUUCACACGUUGCCUACACAAUUGGCCAUAAAACAUCGAUGAUUCUACUAGCUACAGUCGCCACUUCCUUGGCUUCCCCCGGAUAUUUAUACGGUUAUGCACCCCUGGGACACGACGGCCGAGUUGUCGAUACUCCCGAAGUGGCGCAUGCUAAAGCCGAGCAUUUAGCGGCUCAUGCCAAGGAGGCAUCCAAACAUGCCUAUGGCUCCGGCUAUGCACCUGAAAAUUCCUAUGGUGGACAUGAUUAUCAUCACAUCAAAUACCACGGACCCCCAGCUCCUCUUGGUCAUGAUGGACGCGUGAUUGAGACCCCUGAGGUAGCUCACCUCAAGACUAUCCAUCUCCAAGCUCAUGCACAGGAGACCGCUAAAGCAGCAGGCUAUGGACACGGUUAUGAUGCCAUUGAGUAUCACUAUUCUCCAACAUACUCUUAUGGACAUCAUCAGCCUGCUCCUCUUGGACAUGAUGGACGUGUAAUUGAUACUCCCGAAGUUGCUCACGCCAAAGCAGCACAUCACGCUGCUUAUCAUGCAGCCGCUGCUCCUGUUCAUCAUUAUUGAUUAUUGAGUUAUUCCUUCUGUUUUAUCUAUUACCUAUUGUCUAAAGAUAU